AUGACUCGAGCCGGACGUAAACAGGUCCUUGUGGGCUACAGUACGGCUCCAGAUGGACGUACACAGGUCCCUGUGGGUCACAUGAAGGCUCGAGCACGACGUAAACAGAUCCCUGUGGGCUACAGAACGACUCCAGAUGGACGGAAACAGGUCCCUGUGCGCUACAGUACGACUCCAGAUGGACGUAAACAGGUCCCUGUGGGCCACAUUAAGGCUCGAGCACGACGUAAACAGGUCCCUGUGGGCUACAGUACGACUCGAGCUGGACGUAAACAGGUCCUUGUCCCUGUGGGCUACAGUACGACUCCAGAUGGACGUAAACAGGUCCAUGUGGGCUACGGUACGACUCUAGCUGGACGUAAACAGGUCCCUGUGGGCUACAGUAUGACUCCAAAUGGACGUAAACAUGUUAAUUCCUGUGGGCUACAGUACGACUCUAGCUGGACGUAA